AUGGAUAUCACCAGCAAGAGUAGCAAAUCGGCAUUCAUGCAGCUGCCUCUCAGGAGAUUUCCACAGGUUCCACAAGUCCCACCCGGAAAUCUCCUGAGCGACGAAGGUUUCCUCUCUGGACAUGUUCUCGACACGCUGUCAAGGCCAGGGUUACCCACGCAGUACAUUCAGCCACUUACCUACGCAAACCUUAGUGCCAUUUCGGCAGUUUUCACUGUCGA